AUGGAUAAACACUGUGCUGAAACCACUUCUGAUUGGAUGGCCAAGAAGCUGGUUGGUAUCAUGAGAGAUCAUCCUAAUAUGACCAGCAAAGGUGUAGAGGUAGAGUUGAGAAAGUAUGGUGUGAAGCCAAGUAAAAUGCAAAUUUUCAGAACUAAGAACAAAGCACUUAAUGAAAUAGAAGGCACACAUGCUGAAUCUUAUUCUAAACUCCCCUCAUAUGCUGAACUGUUAAGGAACAAUAAUCCCAAUAGUUGUAGACCUUUUGUGGGAUUUGAUGGAUGUUUCUUGAAGGGUCCAUUUGGAGGUGUGCUUCUCACAGCAGUUGCUUUGGAUGCAAACAACAGCAUUUUUCCAAUAGCAUUUGCUGUAACUGAAUGCGAGAACAAGGAUACUUGGAGGUGGUUCUUCUAUUACUUUCAAGAGUUCUUUGGACCAUUAGACAACAACAUCCCUUUAACUUUCAUGAGUGAUAGGCAGAAGGGACUGAAUCUUGCUUAUGAGGAGAUAUUUCCUGAUGCAACUGGUAGGCAUUGUUGUAGGCAUAUAAGCAAUUUCAAGUCUCAAUUUCCAGGAAUAUUACUUAAAAGUUUCUUUUGGAAGGCAGCAAAAAGUUAUGAUGUUGUUGGCUAUAAUGAAGCAAUGGCAAGUAUUAAAGAUAUUAACAUUGCUGCUUGGAGAUAUCUCGACAAAAUUCCAAGAAGUUCCUGGUGUAGGUAUGUCUUCUCAUCUGAACUUAAGUGUGAUCAUGUAACAAAUAAUUUCACUGAAUCCUUUAAUAAUUGGGUUGGUGAUUUUAGAGGAAAGCCUAUACUAACAUUAGUGGAUGGUUUGAGGAGAAAGUUCAUGAAAAAGUUGCACAAGAGGUACCAGAAAGGUUGCACUUUGACUGCUAAUAUCACUCCCAGGAUUGCUGAGAAACUCACACAGAUUAGCCAAGCAUCAAGAAAACGUGAGAUACAUAUGGCUAGUGAAGAUACAUUCGAGAUUGGUGAUGGUGACAGAAGCUACAUAGUUAAUCUCAGCAAAAGAAUCUAUGAUUGUGGUGCUUUUCAGAUAUCUGGAAUUCCAUGUAAACAUGCAGCAUUGGGAAUUAUUUACAGGAGAGAAAAAUUGGAACAUUACUGUGAAGCCUAG